AUGCCCGUUGUUGCUGGUCCAGCCCCAGGUGGUGGCCCCAGUGGCCCCUCGACCUUUGACAAGAUGAAAAUGGGAGCUAUGAUGGGGUCUACUGUGGGUGGAAUCAUGGGCUUCAUCAUUGGAACGGUGACUAUCUUCCAAUACGGCGCUGGCCCCAAUGGUGUCAUGCGGACUCUGGGCAAGUACAUGGUGGGAUCCGGCGCAACUUUCGGACUGUUCAUGUCCAUCGGUAGUGUUAUUCGCACUGAAGGACCUCACAACGACGCCUGGCUCCGGGCCCGCGGACCCCCGUUGAUGCUGCCCCGACAGAGCCCUCUACGACCGAUGCGCCAAUAA